CCCCACUUCAUAAAGGCAGGGCCGGGGGACGGCCUGCACAGCUGCCCGGUGGUGGCGGAGGAGAAGGGACAGCCCUCUCUCCACUCCGACUUCCCGCCUCUCCUGCGGACAGCCCGGGACCAUGGCAGGCGUCCUGUGGGACAUCGGUGUCGCUCUGUGUGUUUUGCUGUCGUUGUCGGGAGCUGGAACUCAGUCUGCCCCAGGUUGCGCCCUGUGGUGCCCUCGGAAGUCCUCGUGCAUCAACGCCACUGCCUGCCGCUGCAACCCUGGAUUCAGUUCGACCUCGGGGGAGAUUUUUACCAACAUCUUGGAGAGCUGUGACGACAUCAAUGAGUGUGCACCACCCAUGGCGCCACCCUGUGGCAAACUCGCAGACUGCGUGAACACGGAGGGCAGCUUCUACUGCAUGUGCAACCCAGGCUAUGGGCUCAGUUCUGGGGCAAAAACGUUCAGGAAUGAGAGCGAGAACACGUGUCAAGACAUCGACGAGUGUCAACAGAACCGAAAGCUCUGUAAACCCCACGGCGUCUGCGUCAACACCCCGGGCAGCUACACCUGCCGGUGCCUGCCCGGCUUUGCGCUCCAGCAGAAGGGCCCGAUGCUGUGUGCAGACGUGAACGAGUGCACCUCGGGACAGAACCCGUGCCACAACACCACCCACUGCCUCAACACCGUGGGUAGCUAUGAGUGUCGCUGCCGCCCUGGCUGGACGCCGGCUCCUGGGUCGCCCAACGGCCCAAACACCACCAUUUGCGAAGAUGUGGACGAGUGCCGCUCCGGGCAGCAUCAAUGUCACGUGUCCACCGUCUGCAUCAACUCCGUGGGCUCCUAUCGGUGCCGCUGCCGUCAAGGGUGGAAGCUCAAGACCAGGAGCCUGAAUAACCAAACGGCCCGUACUAACCAAACGAAAUCGGUGAACCAAUCGAGCGUGGUCUGCGAAGCUACGCCCUUCUCCACCUUGACCUGGCUCCCUGGAAUCGACAGCCAGAUACUUUCCUGGUUCUUUGAUAAAAUUCAGAAUUUGAGCAGCGACGUCAAGCCAGACUCCGCCAAGGACACCAUGCAGAGCCUCAUCAACUCCGUGGAUGAGCUCAUGGAAACCCUCGGGGACAUGGAGACACUGCCCCCACACGUCCGGCACCGCAUGGCCACCCACCUCCUUUCAGGCCUCGAAGAUGUCCUGAGAUCCAUCGCAGGGACCUUACCUGAAGGUCCCUUCACCUACCGUUCCCCUUCCAAAACAGAACUGUCCCUGAUGGUCCAGGAGCGGGGGACGGGAAAUGUCACCGUGGGUCAAAGCCACGCACGGGUGAUGCUGGACUGGGCUGUGGCAGCCGGCGACGGGGGCUCAGGCCGCACUGUGGUGGGAGUCCUCUCCAGCAACAUGACCAAGUUGCUGGCCAACGCCUCUUUCGACAUGGACCCCGAAACGCAGAAGGAGCUGGAAGAAUUCUACGAGAGCCCUGUCCGUGGUGCCCGGCUCAGGCUCCUCUCGCCCGUCAACUCUGUCUUCCUGAGCAACAAGAACACCAAGCGACUAGACUCCCUUGUCACCUUUGCCUUCUCCCACGACGUGGACACACCCAAGACGCGCCAGGAGCUGAUCUGUGCCUUCUGGAAGAAUGACAGCGAGCGGGGAGGACACUGGGCCACCGAGGGCUGCCGGAAGCUGGGCAGCAGGAACGGCAGCACCACGUGCCAGUGUAACCACCUGAGCAGCUUUGCCAUCCUUGUGGCACACUACGACGUGGAGGACCCGAAGCUGGCCCUGUUCACCAAGGUGGGCCUGUCGCUGUCGCUCAUCUGCCUGUUGCUGUGUAUUCUCACCUUCCUGCUGGUGCGGCCCAUCCAGAGCUCGCGCACCACCGUGCACCUGCACCUCUGCAUCUGCCUCUUCGUGGGCUCCGCCGUCUUCCUGGCCGGCAUCGAGAACGAAGGCGGCGAGGUGGGGCUGCGCUGCCGCCUGGUGGCCGGGCUGCUGCACUACUGCUUCCUGGCCGCCUUCUGCUGGAUGAGCCUCGAGGGCUUGGAGCUCUACUUCCUCGUGGUGCGCGUGUUCCGCGGCCAGGGUCUGCGCACGCGCUGGCUCUGCCUGAUCGGCUACGGCGUGCCCUUGUUCAUCGUGGCCGUCUCGGUGGCCGUCAAAAGCCAGUGUUAUGGCCACGAGCUCUACUGCUGGUUGAGGCGGGACGGUGGCUUCCUCUGGAGCUUCCUGGGCCCUGUGACCGUCAUCGUGCUG